CCUUCGUGUGCCUGAUGACGUACAAGCAUGCAUACCUCGCACCGUACAGGGAAAACUUUGAGCGUCUACUAGAUGACAAGACGUUUAGGAUUGAGAUUGUUCAUUUCUCUGUAUCCGAGGACAAUCCUGCUAUUGAAGAGCAGCAUAGGGCAGGUGUGCUGCCCAUCCUGAUGAGGAUUCUAUAUGGGAAAAUGCAGAUAAAGACCGGCAGCAAGUCCACAGGUGCAAAGCAUGCCAACAUGCGCAAGUCGAUUGUAUUACGCUUCUUGGCAGCGUGCCAGCAGGUUGAGCUCAAGACAUUCAUUGAUUUGAUCUUCACGCCAUUUCACCAUUUCCUGUCAGAUGAUCCUUUCACCAAAGUGAAGCAGUUAAUGAGAGACAUUGAUUACCAUGCAGUGAUCCCGCUGAAGAGACAAAUUAGCGUAUUGAACACGUUGGACAUGAUCUUCAGUCGUCUGGGAGCGCGCAUCGAAUCCUACCUACCGGAGAUGUUUCAGAUCACCAUCUGUCUGGCAAGCAUCUGUGUGCAAGCGCUAGAGGACAGAACGAAGGUCGCACCGCGAUACGUCAAUGUGCUCAAAAACAUCAGAGGACUGUGCCUGAACAGAAUCUUGCAGUUCUUCACGUCAUUCGACAAGUAUCCGUUCACGGCUGCUGAUCUGGAUGCUGUGUUUGAGGUAGCAGUCUGGCCACAGCUACCCAGGAUAGCGUUCGAGAGUGCCUAUAAUCCGUCCGUCCUAUUAAAACUGUUCCAGCUCUGGAGUGAGAACCCAAGGUUUCACGCUCUGCUCGGAAAGCACCACGCGGACAACCCGGGUUUGACGCCGCUCGCCUAUGUCUUCCAACUACUCUCGGCGAAGAAUGUCAGUGCUGGCGUGCUGGGCGCCGUCAUGGGCAUCGUCGAGCGACUGUUGGCAGAGGAGGAGAGGAGCGAGGAGGAGGAGGAGGAGGAGGAGGGCAGUAAGCUUCCUCCUCUAGAGGUCAAUCAUUGUCUGGACGUCAACGUCGCGGCCAAGGCUGCAGGGUUCGAUGUUGCCACGUUAGGUUUCGGGCAACCGGCGCGUGCUGGCGAUGGCGCUCACAUUCGCCACCAAUCCUCGACUACCUUCGCCUCGUCAGUCGAGCUCGACUCGCGCCGCUGA